AUGACGGUAGAAGAUGACGGCGACGUCACCCUCGAGGCUACUUCCGCGGUGGAUGCUUUUCUUGAGCUGGACGAGUUGUCUUUCAAGGAGUUUGACGGUAUCUUGAAGGCAGGCGAUUUAGCCAUGGCGGUCAUCAUACGACCGUACGAUGUGAUUAAGUCGUUCUUGCUUCUGGAUGAAGCUGUUCUAGAGGCCAGUAAGAAGGCGCUGAACGCACGAAGUGGAUCGUCGAUCCUACGGAAUCCCUUGGAUCCGUACCAUCCUUUGGUAAAGGAAUUUCAAAACGUCGUCUCCGAAGACCCGCCUUCAGUCAUACCUCCGGACCGAGGUGUGCGACAUGAGAUUGACCUGGUCCUGGGAACAAAUACUGCGUAA